AUGGCCGAUAAGAAUAAGGAAGGAAUAAGUAAGGGUAACGAGAAUUUGGGAGAAGCAAUACAUACAAAAAAUACAAGUGAAAUAUGGGUUGAUUUCCAAGAACGAUUCACUCAAGGCAUUGCACUUAGAGUCUAUGAACUCAAGCGAGCAAUUAUGCUUUUGCAACAAGAGAAGGUCCCAAUCUCUACUUAUUAUGGAAAAUUGAAAGCUUUAUGGAAUAAAGCACAAAGCUUUCUACCCUUACCGGUUUACACUUGUGGAAAGUGCAUUUGUGGUGUCUUGAGACAAAUGCAAGAGAUGCGUGAGGAAGAAAAGGUAUUUAACUUUUUGAUGGGAUUGGAUGAAAGCUACAAAACCGUGUGUUCCCAAAUUCUCAGCUUGGAGCCCUUGUCGACUAUUGGAUGGGCUUAUGUGAUAGCGGCACAAGAAGAGAAGCAGUUGGCAAUGGCUGCAUCACUACCCACGGUGCUCGAAAAAGUUGCUUUGACGGCGAGAAAUCAGACAAUUGAAGGUGCAAGGCAUGGUAGUGGGCAAAAGAUAGGUGAUUGGUGA